UCCUAAUCCACACACAUAUAUAUACAUAUAUAUAUUUAUAUAUUAACACACAAAAUAAAACAAAACAAAAUACUUAAAUAAAAAGAAAAUACCACCAACAUCAACAAUAAAAGGCAAAAAAUAAGAAAGAGAAAGAGAAAGAGGAGAAAGAGAAAGCGAAAGAGAAAAAGAAAGCAGGAAAGAACGAAUAAGAACGAAUAAACAUACAAAAAUAGAAAACGCAAGAAAAAGAGAGAGAAAGAACAUUGCAUUCUGGAAACGAGUCUAAUUCUUAGAAAUUCUCAUCAGCUAAAUAUAUAUAUAUAUAUGCACAUAUAAAUAUAUACAUAUAUACAAAUGUAUAUAUGUAUUUGUGUAUAUAUGUAUGUAUAAAACUUUUGCUUCUUACUUAGUAUCGCUGUUUGUACAUUAUUACUUUUGUUUUUCCACUUGUGCGGAUCCAAAUUUUGGUAGAUCGUUACCUGGAAUUUGAACAACUCUUUUAUUCCCUCCGAGAAUCUCUACUCGCUUGCUUUACUCACUUCACUCAAUCACGCAACCAACAGACAACAUAUCAAUUUAAAGUGAGACAGGUAUAUCUAUCUAUUUAUCUAUCUAUCUACCUAUCUAUCUAUCUAUUAUAUUAUAUUAUAUUGGACAGACAGGAAAAAAAAACUAUAUAAAAUAUUUUAAAUAUAUACAAUAUAAACGUUUGCUGACCCAUCGAAAACUUUGAGAGAGUGGUGCUUUCCUCCUACUCUUCUUCCUCUUCUUCUACUUGUCUUUUCUACAACUAAACGGCAAUUAUAUUUAGCCACAGCAAUGUCCGGUCAGACGUACAAGCAUAUUACGGUAUUCAGGGAGGUACCAACAGCUAGAGACGAACACAGAGGCACCAUGGCUCACUAUCGCACUGAAGUUCAUAUUCCAGUAAAAAAAGAUAGUUUAACUUUCGAGGACCGCCAAAGAAAAGCGUGGAAUAGUAUAGAAACCCAGGUAACCGAAAAACGCUCUCAAUGGGAGAAAGAUUUCCAGAAAAUGAAAGAAGACUUCUUCACCUUAACUCCGACUGAUGCGACAAGCGUAGAUAAGUUCUCCAAGGUUGAAGGAUUCAAGAGUCUGUACGAAGUUGACAGUCAAGGUAACAGGAAACUGAAAAUUUGCUUUGACGUCUCUGAUUUCAGUCCUGAGGAAAUACAAGUCAAAAUUCAAGACAACAGAAUUGUAAUUCAUGGAAAAAAUGAAGAAAAGAAAGGUAAUUCCACAUUCAGUCGUGAAUACAGUCGACAGAUAGAUAUUCCUUGGGAUGUUGAUCAAGAUAAAAUAACCUGCGUCGUCAGUAAAGACGGUAUUCUUACAGUGGAAGGACCGACACAUCAGCAAUCUCCUUUUAAGGAAGCAACGUUUCUACCAAUAAAAUGUGAGAAUGUUCCCAGCAUAUCGCACAAGACAUCAGUGCAGAACCCAAUAAUUACAGAACCAGACGGUUCCAGGAAACUGCAACUUCAAGUAGACAUUGGCGAAUUCAAACCAGAAGAGGUAGUUGUUAAAACCAUGGACCGGAAAUUAGUCGUUUCAGCUCGUCAUGAAGAGAAGAGAGAAGGAAGGACCAUGCAUAAAGAAUUCAACAAAGAAUACGAACUACCAGAAUCUGUGGAUCCAAUGAGUGUUAAUGCUUUUCUGGCUGAAGAUGGCAAACUCACGAUAGAAGCACCACUAAAACCCUUACCCCGCCAAUCCUACGCCGUAACACAAAGUUCUGAUGUUAAGAAAGUUGUUGUGACCAAAGAAUCUCAGUUUACCAUAACUGACAGUGCCAACCGUCCAAUGGUUACCAUUAGUGUACAUCCACGUUGAAAAAGUAAUCCGAAAUAAAACGAGCAAGAACAUUUUUUUGGGGUUUUUUUUUUUUUCGUGGAAUAUAUUAUUAUUUUAAAAACUGAAGGUUGAAGGACGAAUAAUGUAAAAGAAGAGAUGUAUAGUAAAUUUAUUUUUAAAAAUACAUUGAUAAAAAAAAAUAAAAUUAUAAGCUAUUAAACAAACAGUUAUAGGUUAGAAUUUCUUGGCGUUCCUAAUUCUUCUUCGUUGACAAAAACAAUUUUUCCGGUUGUAGCAUUUUCUUAAACAGAAAACUAUAGAAAUAGAAGGGAAAGAAAGAAAACCAAUAUUUGAAACUGAACGGAAGACAUAUAACUACCACCACUACUAUCAUAACGACAACAACAAUAGCGAUAUAACACAGCAAUAAUGUUUAUGUUAAUAUUAUUAUUUCACAAUUAAUACAAAUUUUGCAGAGUUGCAUAUAAUGUUGAGUAUAUAUGUGUGUAUACAUAUGUGUAUUGUACGUAUGCAUUAUAAAUGUAUGUAUUACAUGAAGAUAAUACACACAUAUAUACUCAACAUUUAAUGCAACUCGGCGAAAUUUAUACUAAUUGUUAAGUACUAAUGAAGAUAGUAUGUAAUAUAAUGUAAGGUAUGUCUCUAUAUUGUGAAGAACAAGGGUAAAAGUACUCUACACAUAAUAUAGAGUAUGGCUGUAUUUCUAUAUUUAUCCGGCUGAGCCGUGUGCCGUCACCUGUGUUUUGUGCUUGCACUAUCGUUCAAAUAGCAGCUUGAUCUACAGGGUACACAUACACACAGAUCAAAUUGCUGUCUCAACGAGCGUAUAACCGAAACUUAAUUAUAGGCAUUCAGCUCAUCAAAACACACACACACACACACACAUGCAUUAAUCUGUUCUCGUGCGUGCCUAAAGCAGCGCUAUCUCAUGAUCUUUAUUUUUUUUUAAAAACCUCGCCCUAAACCUUCCGUCGAUAAAAAUAGUAAACUACAAAGAUUACAGAACAAUAGAGAAAGAAAAAAAAAGAGAGAAAGAAAAGAACGAAAGCAUGAACGAUAGUUAAAAAAUGCUGAAAUUUAUUUAUUUAUUUAUUUAUUUCACUAUGUUUUGUCCUUUUUUUUCUCCUCACCCUAGUGUCACCAAUCAAUCUGAACUGUUAUCAAAACUGAUAAAUAUGGCUUCUAGAUGAGACAAGUAUUUUGGAAAUGCGUUUUGUGCGUGAGAAUUGACAGAAGUUAGAUAAGUUGUUAUAUAAAAAAAUAUAACAAAAUGUUCCCUAUUUUUGCUUUUUUUCACUUGAUUGAUUAUUAUUCUGAUAAUAUAAUUUUGUUUUAGUUUCUGUAAAACUUUGGUCUAUUCACUCGACAUCUCAGCUUUCCGUCGCACAAGAGAGCGAUCAGCAACUGUAAGAGAUAAAUAAAAAGAAAACAAUAAAAAAAUGCACAUGAAACUUAACGACUAUAAAAUCUCUACAUACGUU